AUGGCUCAACCACAAAACGACCAAGCGCAGCCACCACCGGCGACUCUCACCAAUCCUCGAUUCACGCUCGAACUUGAAUUCGUAUCCUCUCUCGCAAACCCGUACUACCUGUCUCAUCUUGCAGUGAAUUAUCCAAGCCUGCUAGGAAUUUCCAAAUCUGGUAACGAGAACGAAGUCAAUGACGACAACUCAGACCCGGACGCCGAGGCGUUUGCAGCGUACCUCGCCUAUCUCUACUCUUACUGGAAGACGCCCGAAUACUCGCAAUUUUUGACACAUCCCGGAGCGACCCUCCGCGCGCUACGGCUUCUACAAGAGGAAAAAUUUCGUCGUGAUAUCAUCCGUCCGCAGGUGAUUGAAAGGUUGGCGGGCGUGGACCUCAACGGCGAGCAGAGCGCUGCGGAAGCAGGAGAACAGAAUACGGAGCAAAACAAAGGGGACAGAGGAAAUGUUGAGAAUCAACAUGGAAAGACCUGA